AUGCCUGCCACCAUGACAUCCAGCGCGAAGGGAGCGAAAGGGAGUACCUUGCUCGAGCUACGGCUCCUCUUGGUCACCUUCUUGGCGCUGUUUGCGCUCGUCAUCGACGCAGCACCAUCCAACGACGACAGCAAUCGCAGCACCUUCCCGUCGGGCCCAGCAUCCUUUGGCGCACCCGUUGCAGCAUCCGCCCGCUCCCCGUCCAAAGACAUUGUGCCACGGCUACGGUACGACCAUGCAGGUAGCGCCGCAUCGACCCAGCAUCGAUCGCUACCAGCCACUGCACGGCCCACAUCAUCUUCGGACCUCAUACUGUCCGACAUCGUCGUCCUCACCAGUGUCGAAGGAGGACUUUACGCUCUCGAUCGCAAGACUGGCCACCAGCUCUGGACUCUCUCGCCCCAGACUAGCCACAACUCCGACUCCCUGCUGAGACCCCUUGUCACUGCGCUCUAUGGCAAGGACCAGAAGAGCUUCGCCGACAUUGCUCAAGGCUUCGGCGACCAGUCUGCCUUUGCCAACCUCGCUGCGGGGUCCAUCGCAGAACUCGAGGCUGGCGGCAUCUACGUAGUCGAGCCGUCCUCGGCUGGCGACAUCUACGUGCUCACUCCCAAGGAUCCGGGCGCGCACCGUGCUGGCGGCGGAUCCGAUCCGGCACGGCAGGUUCAGCUGGACAAGCUGCCCCUGACGGUGCCCCAGUUGGUCGAGCUCAGCCCCUUCUCCUUUGCCGGGGACGACACGCGCGUCUUUGUCGGCCAGAAGCAGACCACCCUUGUCGAACUCGAUGUCCGCACAGGCAAGCUCGGCGCUGUCUUUGGCGGUCGCGAGGGCGGCGUGUGGUGUGGCGCCCAGGCCGAUGAGCCGUCGAGCUCGCCUUUCAAGGGGACCAAGGGAGCCUCGAUGGCCCCGGAUGCCGAGGCCUGCAUUGACGAUGAGUCGACCUUUAGCAGCACGACCGAAGCCAACGAGUGGGCUUACGUCGGCCGCACCGACUACACGCUCAACAUCCAUUCGCGCAACUCUCCAGAGCUGCUACAGACGCUGCACUUCAGCACCUUUGCACCCAACGCCGGCGAUCGGGACAUCCAGUCGAUCUGGUACCGGGCCGAUCACCCGGACGACCGCGCCAUACUCGGCAUGCCCGAGGAUGGCAGCGUCGUCUGCUUCAACCUGACCAGCUCCGAUGCCGAGGACGACAAGAAGACGCUGUGGAUGAGCGACCUGCGCGCCAGCGUCGCCGGCAUCUUUGAUGUUGUCUACCCCGGGCCUCACCUUCAGAACUCCAAGUCGAUGAGCCGCCCCAUCCUGGUCUCGCAUCCCCCCGUCCCCAUCAACCGCCUCUUUCCCCAGAUCGGCGACGGGCAUUCUGAUGAGAUGCCGUCGUUCGAAGGUGGAUUGACGAAGAAAAAGAGAUCCGCCUAUCUCGGAAUCGCUGGCAGUAGCCUCUUUGCCAUGAGCGGCAACCGCUUUCCCCUGGUCGCCUUCACUUCGAAGGCUGUUGCCGGCCUGCCCGACGGCCAGGCGGUCGAGGAUCGGCAGAGCGGAUCUGCCCUCCCACCUUCCGAGAGCAGCUGGGCAAGCGAGAAGAAGUGCGCGUCUUUCGGAUGCUGGCUCGGCAGCUACACGCUCGAGGUCGACACCUCGGCAGAAGGUGUGAUGCAGGAGUCGCUCUUGGGAUCCGACCGUCUGCUCGAGAUUGACGGGGAUCGCUCGGACCGGCCCAAGUUGGCACUCGGAGACCGACCGGCCUAUCCCGAGGAGGACGAGCUGGAAGCUGCUCGUCCCGACAAAGGCCCGCGUGGAUCGGCAUCCACUCCCGGCAAGAGUCAGUCGUCCCCGCGCAAGACGCCCCAGUCCGGCAAGGGCAAGGGUAAGGGCAAGGGCAGAGACAAGAAGCGUCCCGGCAGAGACGAGUUCGAGACGCCGUCCGUUGUGCCGCCGCCGCCCACGACAAACGAGGAGGCGGCCGUCUACGUACGACCUUGGAAAUCGCGCCUGGCCGUCAUCCUGCUGCAGCUCAUCGGUGUCCUCGUUAUCGGCGUCCUCUCUGGGACCACCUACCUGGGCUUCCAGCAGCAGAAGCAGCGAAGCGAACAGGAGGCCGCCAUGAUCGCCAAGGGCGUUGUGUGGGUGCCGGCGCUCAAGGAGCAAGAGGCCGGCUUUGCAACGACGGGCUCGGACGCCGACAAGCUCACCCGGACCGAAGCGGAGCAGCUCGAGGAGGCGCUGCGGCGAUCCAAGCAAGAUAUCGGAGCCGCAGACAAAACCAGCGCGAACGGAUCCGCCGGUCCAAGCGCCGGCGGGUCUGCAUUGCCGGGCAAUGCGGGCGAAGGCACCGAUGGGCUCGGACUUGACCUGGCGGAUGACGGUCUGCCUGGCGGGGCGGCCGCAGCAAAGAGGCGUGCCAACAAGCGGAGACGAAGGGGCAAGCGCGCGGGAGCUGCGGCAGCUGCGAAAGCGGCGAAAGCCAACAAGAACGGCGAGGCUGAAGAUGGCGACGACGGCGCAGACGAUAGCGGUGAAGAGGAAGACGAAGCUCAGCCGGAUCCGCCUCUGCCGAAGGACACCUCGAGCGUCGACGAUGCCGACGUGAAGGUCGACGUACACGCAGGGCUGCCCGCGGAGAAUGGCUGUCCCCGUUCGGCGAGCAUUGCGACCGCGUCCGACGACUCUGCGACGGGGCGAGACGCGGUCGACGGUACGCCGAAGAAGUCGAAGCAGAGCGCCAAGAAGCAACCAACAGCGCCGACAAACCUGGUUAACGGGGCCAAGGGCAAGGUCGGAGCCCGGGCUACACGAGACGCGCCCAUGCCGCCGCCAAUAUCUACGAGCGGAACACCGCAGCUGACCCAGGCACUCAUGUCGCCAAAGCUCAACACGUCAGCGUUGAUGGAGUCCGGCUGGCCCCUCGCUGCGGAUGGAGACGAUUCGGUGCCUACGGCGCUGGGCGAGCAGGCCGCAAAGAUCGCAGCUGCUGGCGCAUCGAGCAGCUCAGCCACCAACGGCCUCAAGAGCUCGUCUCUCACAAUCUCGGACGAGGUGCUUGGCUACGGCUCCUCGGGCACCGUCGUCUUCAAGGGCACGUUCCAAGGACGUGCGGUGGCCGUCAAGCGGCUGCUGCGCGACUUUGUUCACGUCGCCUCCAAGGAGGUUUCGCUGCUCGAGUCCGCCGACAAUCACCCCAACGUGAUCCGCUACUUCUACAAGGAGCUGACGCCGAGCUUCCUCUUUAUCGCGCUCGAGCUGUGCCCCGCGUCGCUUGCCGACGUCGUCGAGCGCCCCAACGACUACCGCGAGCUCAGCGUGCUUUUGGAGCCGAAACGAAGCUUGAGCCAGAUCACGUCGGGCCUGCGGCACCUGCAUUCGCUCUCGAUCGUCCACCGGGACAUCAAGCCUCAGAACAUCCUGGUGUCGACAUCGUCGAGCGGGCGCAGCCUCAAGAUGCUGCUGUCCGACUUUGGACUGUCGAAGCGACUGGACGGCCUGGCACAGACGAGCUUCAGCCAGACGAUGAACAAUCCUGGAGGCACGGUGGGCUGGCGUGCGCCCGAGAUCCUCCGAGGGGAUAUCAACCUCGACGCCGGGUCCGAGAGCGAAUCGUCGCUGGGCAACUCGUCUGGCAACCGGCGGGCCGGCGGCAGCGGUACCGAGGAGAAGCAGCGGCUGACGCGCGCCGUCGACAUCUUUGCGCUAGGCUGCCUCGCCUACUACGUGCUGUCCAACGGCGAUCACCCGUUCGGCAGCCGCUUUGAACGUGAGAUGAACAUUAUCCGGCGCCACGUCGACACCGGUCGGCUCGACGGGCUCGGCGAGGAAGGGCACGAGGCUCAGGAUCUGGUGCUCAAGAUGGUCGACAACGACCCGCGGCGGCGGCCUUCUGCCAACGACGUACUUGCCCAUCCCUACUUUUGGGACGCCAACAAGCGUCUCAACUUCCUGCAGGACGCCAGCGACCGGUUCGAAAUCAUGGAGAAGGAUCCGCCGGCGCCGGCGCUCGUGAUGCUCGAGGCCAAGGCGACCAAGGUCGUGGGGCACGACUGGCAUCGGCGGUGCGACAAGGCGUUCCUCGAGAACCUGGGCAAGUUCCGCAAGUACGACCCUACUUCGGUCCAGGACCUGCUGCGGGCGAUGCGCAACAAGAAGCACCACUACCAGGACAUGCCGCCGCACCUGCGCCGGAUGCUGGGUUCGCUGCCCGACGGCUUCCUGGGCUACUUCACCCGCCGCUUCCCCGAGCUUUUUCUCCACGUCCAUGGCGUUGUGACUGCGCUGCCCGUCAUCCGCACCGAGGCCAUGUUCCGCGAGUACUUCAACUGCCCCGAGCAGGACCACUGA